ACCUUAGAUAAACUGUGUUUUUAUCUUCCCCAAAAAUGCCCCUUAUUAGUCCGUUUUACCGUUACUUAAUUUUCGUUGUAACUUAGACACUGAAGUUGUGAGCUAAAAUGCAAACCACGUAGUUCGCACGGUUCUUAUCAGUAGGACAAUAGUACAAAUGCACUUAAUGCUAAAAUUUAAUCACAAAAGAAUCCAGUCGGGUAGGCUGGUCGUCCGCUUCACCCAGUUGGCAGCAGGUCGUGUCGUCACAGCCAGCCGUCAGAGCGGCUCGCGGCCCGCGCCCGCGUCAGUUAGAGCCGGCGCGCCCGCCAUCACGCGCGUACACUCCGACGCCAUAUUGUUUGUCCCGCGGGCCACGGCAAACCUCCCGCAGAGAAAACGUUUAUAAACUACUAAUAAUAUCGUCAUUGAUCAUGCAGUGAUGAUGACUCGCGUGUUCUGACGCGAAUUCAUUCUAUUACAGUGCUUUGUGGUGUUCUGUGUAGUGUUGUGCCCUCUCGGAUUGAUUAAACAUCGAAUAAAGAUGGCGUAGUAAAGCACAGACAACACAAAUGAUAAUCAAUCUAAUGGAAGGGAACGCGAUACCCACGAACACGCUCAUAUCGUCGAUCAAAAGUUUCAACAGCGACGGCAAACAACACGGAACUAUCAAGGCGCUGCUCAAAAACUUCAUACUCCCAGAAACAGAUAUGGCAAUCAAAGAGAACCAAAAUAACAGCAAGCAGUAUAUCUACACAAUACCUGCCAAACCGCCUGUUCCAACCAUGGCGGAACGUAUGAAGUCCAUAAAUGACGCGAAGCAAGCGUUUUUAAACUCAACAGUCAGUUCCCCAGCACCGCCGGCAAGCUAUGAUACAAAAAAGGACAAACACACUGUCCACUACGCACAAAUAGCGAUAACAGAAAGUGACGACACUAGGAGUACAGGAGGAGGCAGAGGCCUUAAACUGCACAUUGAUCGUAACAACAAAGAGUACAGCACACCAGUACAUCUAUCGCCGAGCAUAAAGAAAACAAUGGAACAACAACAAAGGAAAGUAAGCUUUAAAAUUAAAAAUGCAUCAACAUCACAUAAACGACCGCCUCUCGCUAAGACUAUGACGAUACCAAGCAGUAAAGUUGCUGAGUUAACCAAGAAAUUCAAUAAUUUACAAAUGGACAAUCAUACGGGCUCGCCGAAACAGACUAAACUUGUAAAAACGUUAGAAGAUCUACAAUCCGGUUCACGGUGUUCUGCUAGCAAUAGUUCCACGCCUUCAUCAACUCUCAGCUCAAGUCCUAACAUCAAAAUAGUACUACGUCAUCGGCGUGGAUCGAAGAAAAAGAGUAACAGGAAAAGGUGUUCGAGUAUGGACUCCGUGGACAAUCUACUUAUUGCAGACGGUUCUAGCAAGAUACGUGUCAUUCGUUCCAAAUCUGAUGGGACCAAAAUGCCAAAAACUCCAAAGAAACGUUUAAAGUACCAGGAUUCUAGUGAACAGCCGAGUGGGUCAGAUUCUGUUGACGGUAGUCCAAUUAAAACAAAAGAACCUGAAUCUACGAAAGAUAAGGCACCCGUAGAGAGUAAUGUAGUUAAAAAUGUUAUUAAAAAGUUUGAAUGUGAAAUAACAGCUCAGACGAAUUCGAAUAAUACGUUAAAAAGACAACCUGAUAAAACAAAAAGUACAACGCCCUUAAAAGAAAAACCGAAAGUACCUGAAAAGAAAUCAUCGCUAGUAUUAACUAAAAACCUUGUUGUGAAAGACGGCAUCCCAAAAAUUAAAACAAUAAAACCAACAAACAAUGUUAUAAGUGAUGUUCAGAAACCCAAUACAGUUACUGGCAUAAAUUCAGAGGUCCUUAAAAGAAAGGAGCCUAUAUAUGACCGCAAAAAAUACAGAACAAAUUACAUGCACUCUGAAAAAUUACCUCUUAAGUUACCACUUAAAGUCGUUGAAAUAAUUCCAGAAGACAUUCAUGAGAAUAGUGCUGUUACAGUAACUGUAAAUAACGAAACAAGUGAAGAAGCUCGUGUUGGAAAUACUGUUACUUCAGAAGAUGAAAAAUGUUAUCAAGAUAUCAAUCCACCCAUAACUCCUAAUGAGUCCUUUUUAUGGCGCAGAAAAAGUAGUACUCAAAUUUAUUCAGAUACAGAUAAAUCUGCGUCUGAUAGCUCGUAUAGUUUUGUAAGUGUAUCUAUGAACGGGACAACAAUUAGCUGCUCAGAUGAUCCACAAGAAGUCUCUGUGAUACAGGAAUCUCAAUCAGAAACAGAUGAAUCUCAAGUGAGCAUUACAAUGAUCGAACAGCAUUCUGAACCAAACAUGGAUUUCGAAAGUAACCUAGUCGAAGCUUGCAAUAAAGAAAUUAUAGUAGGUUUCACAUCAAAACCGAAAAACGAAGAAGCUGAAGACUACUACGAACCUCUAGAACCUAGAGAUGAAGAAAAUAUUAUUGUUAUUCCGGUUAAAAGUGUAGACAGAUCUUCUAAGAUCAAUUGUCCUUUACCGGAUAUCCCCAAGGAAGACAAGGAAACGAGCGAUGAGACAUCGGACAAGGAAAAUAUUUAUCAAUGUCUGUUGGAAAUGAGGUCGCAUCCCGAAGGUGAUGAGAGCAGUUUACACAACUACGAGCUUUGUGACAAUGAACUGGAAGAGAGAACUCGAGGUGAUGGAGAUAGUGACGAUGGCUACGAGUACUGCAAGUCUCCUGUAAAGCCUUACUGCUUAACUUCGAGCUCUGGAAUCCAAAUAGCCGAAGACUAUCAACCCUUUUCUAAGGACAAUAAUAAAAAUUAUGCAAUAUCAAAGUCCGUCAGCGGAGGUUCAACAGUCAGCUAUGAGAAAAUUGGAUCAGAGAGGAUUUAUGAGAAAAUUCCUUCUCGACAACCAAAAUCGAAAGACAGCAGCCCAACUUACAGCAGUAGGCAUUCCUUUAUAUCGGACUACACGGGAUACAACGACAGCGAGAACAUCUACGACACCAUCAAGCAUGGCGAUGGAAUUUCUCUGUCGCACUGUUACGAGAGUAUACCAAACAGCCCGAGCAUGGUGAAGCUACGAAACAAUCUGAAGAAGCAGCUGGCAUCGAAUGUACAGAAACGACUCUCAUUUGAUACUGUGUCUAACAUCAGCCAGUCGACCAUGUCCAGUGAGCAGAAGACCAACAGCCUGUAUGGUCAGAGGUCCAUGAUCAGCUACAAUGGGCAGGAGAUCGCUUUCCAAGUGCCCAGCAGUGAGACCAGCGUUAGCGACAGGAGCGAUCGCAGCGAUGACUGGGUGGAUGUCUCUGAUGAAGAAAAGAAUGAACAGAAGAUUAUUAUCGUACGGGAGCGAAGCCGCGGAAGAAAAAGUCCGAUCAGCUGGUCGCAAAAGGUGCGGCACCAGUGGCAGAAGUCUCCGAAACCAAACAGUAACGAUAAAGAAUGUGACAGCAGCGACUCGGGGCACCUGUACGAGUCGCUGGAGCCGGCGCCCGCGCAGCAGCUGGCGCACGCGCAGCCGCCGCUGCCGCUCGAGGAAGACUUCGACUCCUUCGACAGUGACUCCGAUGACGAUGACCAUGAUAAGUCUACCUACGCCCCGGCGGCGCCCACACUGCCGGCGUCGCGGCUCCCGAACCCACCCUCUAGCGGACAGUACACCCUCACCAAGAUAGCCAGCGCAGCCCAGAGGAAAAUGAGGCAAAUCAAACGAAACCUCACAAAAAGAUAUUCUGUGGCAAUGGACGGCAAACCAUUCACGAAGACCGCGAACAACCAAUCAACCAACAUAUACGAGGCGAGUAAGAAGAAGUCCCCUAUCUACGCAAACUGCGAGAAAUCGGAGCCUGUGUACAGUAAUAUCACCUUCAGCGACUCUCGUCCGGUGGUUAAUAAGACUGAAAUUCCUUUGGCAAAGGUGUAUGGUUCAUUGAAGGAAGAGUUGAAGACUGUUAUAUCUGAUAAGAGGGUUAGUAACGGGGAUGUUCCCCCUCCGCUGCCGGACAAGCCGCCGCCGGAGAAGCCGGUGACCCCGACGAGUGAGACCAGUAAGAAGGACAGCGGCACCUUGUCGAGGAAGGCGUACUUCUCCUUCAAGUCGCGGUUCAGACGCGCCACGUCACUAGCUGUGGACAUGAACUCGGACGUGCCCAGCGCUCUCAAGAUCACUAACUCUACUUUCUAUCUGACUGACUCUAUGGAUGGAGACUCAGGGUUCAGUAACUGCAGCGACAGCGGGCAGCCGGGCAGCACGGAGACGCUGUCCCCCGCGAGCGCGGCGCGGCGGCGCGACGAACUGAAGCGGCUCCUGCCGACGUUGUCGCGCAAGGACAAGAGCCCGCGCGCGCGCACCUCGUGGUACGCGGAGUGCGGCCAGAGCGCUGACACCACGCCCAACACCUCCAACACAUCUUGGUACGCAGAAGCGGGCCUGUACCAAGCGGGCAACAUCUCGUCUUCGUCCGGCGCGUCGUCGGGCUCGCACCCCGCCAGCCCGCUGCCCCACUCUCUCUUCACACACGAACCGCUCUACCAGUUCUACAACGCGGCUAAAGUUGAGUCGGUGUGUCGCGAGACCGGCGACUCGGACUCUGACGCUUACGAGGCGGGCUCGCAGCGCAGCAGCCCGGCCGCUCACGAGGCGGCGCCGGCGCGGCCCUCCGCCAUGGCGCUGGUGGCGCCGCGCGGGCCCUCGCGCACGCUCUGGUGCGAGGUGCCUGAAGUACUCAACUCUACUGUGCUCAGUUCCCUCGCGCCCGCCCAGAAGCGUCUCCAGGAGGCGAAGUUCGAGCUGCUGACGUCCGAGGCGUCGUACCUGAACUCUCUGAACGUGCUCGAAGCGAACUUCAUCGCGCACCCCGCCUUCCGCGACCCGCACGUCAUGCCGCGACACGAGUGGGACACGCUGUUCGCUACCAUACUGCCAGUACGCAAAUGCUCGCAACUGCUGAUGAACGAGCUGGAGAAGUGCUGGCAGGACAACAUCCUGCUGCAGGGCAUCUGCGACAUCGUGCGGCAACACGCCGAGCAGCACUUCGGCGUCUACGUCAAGUACUGCGAGAACCAGGCGCUCAUGGUGAAGGCGCUGCAGCGGCUACAGGGCAAGACCGCCUUCGUUAAUGCGCUUAGGAAACUAGAGAACCACCCCUCCUGCCAGUCGCUGUCGCUGCACUCGUUCCUGAUGCUGCCGAUGCAGCGCGUGACGCGCCUGCCGCUGCUCAUGGACGCCGUGCUCAAGAACCUCAACAGCGAGGACCUGGAGUACCACGCUUGCGCCAGGGCACUCGUCACGCUUAACAACUACGUGUCUCAAUGCAACGAGGGCGCGCGCAACACGGAGCGUAUUGAAGAGAUGUUCCGUCUCAGCAAGAUCAUCGAGUUCCCGCCCAACAUCCGCGACCCGCCCUCGCUGGGGCCCGCCAUCUCGAGGAGGGAUCGCAGGCCUGUCCGCUGGCUGGUCCGCUCCGGCGAGAUGACGCAGCUGAUCUGGAAGACGGACGAGCUGAAGCUGACCUUCGGGAAGAAGUUCCACAAGGUGCCGCUGCACCUCUUCCUCUUCAAUGACCUGCUCGUCAUCACCAAAAAGAAGAGCGAGGACCAGUUCGUGUGCGUGGACCACUGCGCGCGCUCGCUGCUGGAGGUGUGCGCCAGCGAGGCGGGCGCCGCCAGCGCCAAGCACGCGCUGCUCGUCACGCUGCUCGACAACCACGAGGGACGCACGCUCGAGAUGCUGAUGUCGUGUCCCAGCGAGACGGAGUGGUCCCGCUGGUCGGAGGCGCUGGUCCCGCCGGCGGCGGGCGCGGAGGGCGAGGCCGUGUACGCGGGCUGGGACUGCCCGCAGGUGGCCGCGCUCUACGCCUACCUGCCCGCGCAGCCCGACGAGCUGCCGCUCGCAGAGGGGGACGUCGUCAACGUCACCAGGAAGACCAGCGAAGGUUGGUACUACGGCGAGCGCACCCGCGACGGCGAGGCGGGCUGGUUCCCGGGCGCCUACACCGCGGAGAUCGCCUCCCCGCACGUGCGCGCGCGCAACCUGCGCCAGCGGUACCGCCUGCUCGCGCUCUCCGGGACCUACCUGGGGCAGAAGAAACGGAACGCGUGACACGCCCGACACCCGGGAUACAUCCCGUCACCACAGAACAGAUCAUGAAGCUUAACACCAUCAUAGCUUAGGAGAGAGAUGGCGCUAUAUAUCUGUAUAGUUCUAUCCCUCUUUACGAGCUAUUGUCGUUCAAAAACUUCGUGAUAAAUUCAAGGACUGAAUCUGGAUUAGCGCUAACAUUUAUAGCACGCCUGCGUUUUAAAGCACGCUGUAUUUUUUGGCGUGAAAGUUGUUCUUUAGGAUCCUUCGUCACAAUACCGGUGCUCAGUUGCUGUACGGCAACUUUCUUUUGCAUUUACUGGGCAGCCUUGGUGAAGUCUUAAAACUGUGUGUUGAUAGAAAAUUGAUUAGAAUCGGUAAAGAAAAUCAUCACAUACGAAUCUCACAAUAAUAUUAACAGAUUGUCUCUCUUCCAAACAUUUUUUCUGUAAAAAUGUCGCGAUGAUUUAUGAUAUUGAGUAUCACGAUCUUAAACUUAUUGUGCUUCUAUGAUACUUGAAUCAUUUGGAAUUAGAUGUCCGUCCAAACAGUUGUAUGUUGUAGUGAGGAGUGUCGCGAACGGUUUGUUGUCUGUUGUUAGUGUAUGCGGGUCGCAGCGACCCACACAGGAGGUGCUUACUUGUGAUAGUUCCACUGAAACGUUGAACAAAAUCAAUUAUGAGAUAAAUAAACUAUUUUAUGUAAAAUAAAUGAAAUGGCGAUCUUAUGUAUUUAAAAAUACGAAUUGUAUAAAUGAAUUGUAUAAUAAAUCUACAAUUGUGUAUCUACUUUAUAUUAUUUUUAAUUUCAUCGAUUAUUUGGACAUAGUCCGUUGCGUUUUAAUUGCAAAGUGUAACACAUUUAUUGAAUAGUUGAUAACACUUGAUAGACGAGUGGUUUUGCUAAGGCGGGGACAGACAUCGUCAACUGACGUCAUCACAUAGCGAUGUGUGUGCGCGCCUUUACAUUAGGCUAGUUAUAUACCGUGGAGUGUACAGUUACGUAUGAGAUUCGCGCUGUUUGUUGUACAGUACCAUUGUAAGACAUUUACUGAUUAGGUUAAGCUAUUGUAUUUUUCACGUCACGCUUCACUUGCCCGCUGUAUUCGAAAAUUGCCUAGUCAUAAUGAGCGGAUGAGUUGAUCAUGAAAUUAUCAAGUAUUUUAGUCAACAUUCCUUUGCACGAGCCGCGGUUACACAGACAUGUGGUCUGUGAUUGUGACUGGUUUGAGUACUCUUCAAAACUUUUAGGUUAGGUACUAAAGGUUUCUUGCGAUUUGAGUUUGUUCCUGCCGCCACAGCAUAAGACCGCAAAAGACCAGUGUAACCGCAGCUUUAUUUUUGCACCUUUUCAUUAACCAUUUAAUAAAGUUACGAUUGUAUGUACUUAAGUAAAUUAUUGUGUAUAUAGUUUUAGGAAACAAAUGUAACAAAUCAUGGAUGUUAUAUAUUUAUGGUACGAUAAUAAAAUUUAAUUAUAAUAUUA